AUGCGUCGGCCGGCGGCGCGAGAGGAGGGCCGUGCGGCCCCGUCGGUGCGCCGCGCUGUCGCUCCGCCGCUAGCCGAGCCAAGGCACGCCAUCGCCAUCGGGGUGGCGAUGGAUGCGUGCUGGCGAGGGUCGGGGCGGCGGGCGAGGCCGCCCUGUCGCCGCGUGGCGAGCCAGGCCUGUCCGCCGAGCCGCUGCGAGCCGCUUGCCCGUGAGACGGCGUCGGCAGCGUGUGCAGCUGGCGAGGCGGUGGCCGCAUUCGGCUCUCUCCUGGGCAUCCGCCGCGUGAGCGCGGUGGUGCUGCCGACGCGAUGCGUCGGCUGGCGGCGCGAGACGAGCGCCGUGCCGCUCCGUCGUGGCGCGCUCGACGCCGUGCACUGCGCCACGCGUGGGCGCUCCGUCAGAGCGCACCCGUUGGGCCGUUUCCCUGCACUGCGCCACGCGUGGGCGCUCCGUCAGGCCUUAGAUGGUCUCCGCAAGGGCGGCCGCAUGGGGUAUGCCGAGCCGCUGCACCUGGCAGCGUGUGCAGCUGGCGAGGCGGCGGCUGCAUUCGGCUCUCUCCUACGCAUCCGCCGCGUGAGCGCGGUGGUACUGCCGACGCGAUGCGUCGGCUGGCGGCGCGAGACGAGCGCCGUGCCGCUCCGUCGGGUCGGGGCGGCGGUCCUGACGCGCCGCUGCGUGGCCGCAGUGGCGCGCUCGACGCCGUGCGUCGAGUAG